AUGGUCUGGCUCAGCGGCCGCCUGACGACGAUGCACUACCCGUACCGGCAGACGUGGCACGACGGCAGCGGCUACUCCUUUGCCGGCGGCGGCUCGCCGGGGCAGCAGCAGCAGCAGGGCAGGGUCGGUGCCGCUCAGGGAAGGCAUCUGAUCCCGCCCAGCAUCUGGCAGAUUGUGCUGCCCAAGACGCAGCCCUACCGGUGGGACCUGAAGCACGUCCGCAUCGACCCCCGGCAGCUCGAGAACACGGCGUCGUGGCUGGCCAUGAACCCCGACUGGCAGUACACCCUCAUCGGCCAAAAAGGAGGCGACGACUUCGUCAACGGCCACUUCGGGGCCCACUCCCGCAUCGCCCAGGUCUACCACAACCUCACCAACGUGGGCAUGAAGUCGGACCUGCUGCGCUACCUCGUCCUCGGCGUCCAGGGCGGCGUCUACACCGACACCGACACCGUCGCCCUCAAGCCCGUCGACGCCUGGAUCCCGGCGGCCGCCCGCUCUCGCGCCCGCCUCGUCGUCGGCAUCGAGUUCGACCGCCGCGACGGCGGGCCCUGGGCCGACAUCCCGCACUGGCUGCAGUUUUGCCAGUGGACCAUUGCCGCCGCGCCCGGGCACCCCGUCUUCAGCAAGAUGGUGGACCGGGUGCUGCGCUCGCUGGACGACUUGUCGGCGGCGCACGGCCUGCCGGUCGGCCAGCUGCAUCCGGAGAGCUUCGAGGUGAUGAACUCGACGGGGCCGGCGGCCUGGACCGACGUCGUGUUUGAGCAGCUGCAGGAGUACAACCCGCUGCUCAACGACACGCAGGACCUGUCGUUUAUGGAGGAGCCAACGCUGAUUGGGGAUAUCUUGAUCCUGCCGAUUGAUGGGUUCGGCAUGGGGCAGGAUCACUCGCAGAGCACGAAUGACGGGAGUGUUCCAGAGGCGGCCAUGAUGCGGCAUUUGUUUACGGGGUCGUGGAGGGAUGAGUAG